AUGCCUCCAAGCGCAGUGCCCAAAGUUCUAAUAAUUCAAGCUUACAUAUGCCCACUAAAGCAGUUCAGCCGACUAUCUCAAAACCUAACAAUACACCAGAUAAAUCUGCAGAGAUCUGCAGAUGUAGUAGCCUUAUAUCCCAGCUUAGACAUAGACUUCACAAUUGACAAAGUAUGUGAAGUCAUUUUUGAGAGCAAUGUCAAGAUAGAUGGAGUUGAUUAUGAGGAAGUAGGAUUGUAUUUGGCACUUAACAUCAAACCGGAAAUGUUAAAAAAGAUUGGUAUAGCAGAAGUAUGUCCAACAAGGAAGUCAAAUAAGGGAAGGCCACCAACGAUUACCGGUAGCGGUGCUGAAGUUCAGAAAGAUAAGUGCUUUAAGUCAUGGAAACAACCCACCCAACAACCGAGUGAACAUACCAAGCGAGUGAUGUUAACAGAAGCACCGAGGGUUGUGUUAAUGAUGAUCAUGAAGAAUUAUGUUUCACCUUCAACAAGGAAAUCAGAAAGCAAAUGA